AGUCGAGGUGGGCUGGAAAUAUGGGAUAUGCGCUUGCUGGAAGAGGAGGAGUAUGACUGUGUAAUUAAAGGCGAAAAAAAAAUCUUCAGACUGAUUUGUUAGGCUCCAGCAGACUAGAGGGUGUUACCGGCCCAUAUUAUAUCAAGUUUGAAAAGCAAACACAUGAUCAGAAAUUAGGCGCCUUCAAGUUUUCUUAUUGCACGUGCUAUGUAGAAUUAAAGAUUUGUCUUUCAAACUCAACUCUCAGAUUCCGGCAGCUUUUUACUCCGCGACGGGUUCAUCUCAAGCGCUCUGGAUCAGUCUACAUUCACUCCGUUUACAAUCUUUUGUGGUCUUAAACAGCGGUGAGGAUCGGUUAAAUGCUAAGUGUGGGAUCUCCAGUUGUUCUCUGGUGCCGGAUAAGAGCGUGUUUUUUUGAAUGAGGAUAUCAGGUCUUAGUCAAACGUGCACGGAGCAGCACGGGCUCUGAAGUAUGAAGCGAUAAUAUCAAUCAUCUGUGAUACCCUUCAGGACUUUGAAUAACAGCGCGAUCUACGAUGUAUUCGCCGAUUUGUCUCACACAGGAUGAGUUUCAUCCCUUCAUCGAGGCACUGCUCCCUCAUGUCCGUGCCAUAGCCUACACCUGGUUCAACCUGCAGGCGCGAAAGCGCAAGUACUUCAAAAAGCACGAAAAGCGGAUGUCCAAGGAUGAGGAACGGGCUGUGAAAGACGAGCUGCUCAGCGAGAAGCCUGAAAUCAAACAGAAGUGGGCAUCCCGUCUCUUGGCCAAGCUGCGCAAGGACAUCCGGCAGGAGUACCGGGAGGACUUUGUGCUCAGUGUAACGGGCAAGAAACACCCGUGCUGCGUUCUCUCCAACCCCGAUCAGAAGGGCAAGAUCCGCCGAAUCGACUGCCUGAGGCAGGCUGAUAAAGUGUGGCGGCUGGACCUGGUGAUGGUCAUCCUGUUUAAAGGUAUUCCGCUGGAGAGCACAGAUGGGGAGCGGCUGGUCAAGUCCCCGCACUGCACCAAUCCGGCACUUUGCGUCCAGCCCCACCACAUUACUGUCUCAGUGAAAGAGCUGGACUUGUUUCUGGCAUACUACGUCCAGGACCAAGACUCGCAACAGUCAGGAAGUCCUAGCAACAAUGAGCCUGGCAAGAACCCUCCAGUUUACUUGGAAGACAGCUUUGUAAAAUCAGGGGUCUUUAGUGUUUCGGAGCUGAUUAGAGUAUCCAGAACUCCUAUCACACAGGGUGCAGGAGUAAACUUCCCUAUGGCUGAUAUGCCAAGUCAGCCGUAUUAUCAAGACCUGAACUCAGGAGUGAGUUUACAUCGGUCCCUCUCGUCACCUCAUGGCAGUAAGCGGCCUAAGACGAUCCAAGAGGACAGUAUGGAGACUAGUCCCACCGGGCCAGACUUCUACCCGUCCCCUAGUUCACCGGCUAGCAGACCAUGGCAUGAGAGAGACCAAGACAUGUCUUCUCCUACCAUGAAGAAGCCAGAGAAGCCAUUAUUCAGCCCCACAUCUCCACAGGACUCUUCACCUCGGCUCAGCACCUUCCCCCAGCACCACCACCCAGGACUGACCACCGUCGGCCAUAGCGUAAUUUCCACCAGGAGUCCACCUCCUCUGCAAUUCUCAGCCCCUGCCAUCCUUCCUCCGGCCCCCUCACCCUACAUCUCUCAUGGCGCCAUCCGCUACCCACCGCACCUCAACCCACCCGACUCCCUCAAGAACUACAUGCAGCCUUAUGACCCGUCCAGCCCACAGAGCAGCCAGCCGAACAGCAGUGGUCAGGUACUGGGGAAAGUGCCCGGUCACUUCACGCCGGUGCUGGCCCCCUCGCCCCACCAUGGCACUGUCAGACCAGUGUCUCUCUCGAUGGCUGACACUAAGCCAAUCACCACAUCCUCAGAAGGUUAUUCGGCUCCAGGAACUCCCACUGCCAACCGUUUUGUGGGAUUGAGCUCCAGAGACCCAGCCUUUCUUCACCAGCAACAGCUGAGGAUUUGUGACUGGCCCGUGAAUCAAAACAUCAGGUCAUAUGGCUCAGAGGAGGCUUUGGGGAUUUCUUGGCAAAGUCCUGGUACCUGGGCGAGCUUAAUUCCAUUCCAAGUGUCGAACGGGACUCCGAUUCUGCCAACAAAUGUCCAGAAUUACAGCAUAAACAUCAUUGGUGAGCCCCUCCUCCAGGCAGAAUCAAGCAAUUAAAGGGGGCCUAGAACUGGACCCAGGAGAGACAGGUCCUCAGACAAACCAGCAAGCAGCACUUAUACAAUCGACAUGGAUCUUUGUCCCAGCCUCUCAAGGACUUUGGCUUAGCUCAAUAGAGUGAGUUGGGUCAAAGCGUUCUCUUCUGAUAUGAGCCUCUCCAUGCCAGUCAGUCAUUGUGUAAGAAAGCCCCCGAACUGAGAUACUGUGAUCUUUACCAUACAAACUUUAGAUGCCUUACUGUGUAUGCAUGACAUGCUAGUCUGUUGUUAGUAUUUCUUUAGUUCUUAUGUCACGAUUACUAGUUUUGGUUUACAAAACGAUAUAGAAGGGGGUGACCACACAAGGGCCGGCUGGUUGGAUGGUUUGUAAAGCGGCCUGCAAUUAGAACGAGCUAUCAUCAGACAAAGGCUCAUCGUAUUCGUUACAUAACCAUAGGAACAAUUUUUAGUGAACUGAAUGUUUGUAUUUUCAUAUUACCCUCGAAAUUUAUUUUGCCCAUGGUGCAAAAUCUUUUGAAUCUGUAAUCUUGUCAAUUCUGUACUAAUUUUCUUUUAAUGUAAAGGUUGGAAUUUACUAUCCAGAGUUAAGAACUCUGAAAACUUUUUUUUUCUUCAAGGAAAGAAAAAGCCUGAAUUACUAGGUAAGAAAUACUACCAUUUUUUUCUUUUUCCUUCUUUUUCCUUUGAAAAGGAUUUUGAGAAAAAUAAGACAAUAUCUCAUAAGAGGCAAGUGCAAUUUAAAUGAUUUUACUGAAGGGAAGCUAUCACAGUCUACCCUAAGACUCUAAAGGAAUGGGGAGAAAAUGUUAAAAAAAAAAAAGAAAAAAAAAGAAGUGUGAACCUAAAUCAUAAAAAAAUAAAACUUGCAUCCUUGAUUUGGGAUACUAGGGAAAGCUGAGGGUGAAAGAGAAAAGUGGGAUUGACAGCGAACGUUUACGUGAGCAUAACUGAACACAAACAAGACAGCACUUAUUUUGAGCCGUACCCAAACAUGCGGGUAUUUUUUUUAUUUUUAUUUUUUUUUAAUUUAUUAGUCAAUGAAAAAAAAGACUCAGAAACACAGCAUGUAUAAAAUGGCUUUUUUGACAUAUUACUCACCGAUCUAGUAUGCAUGUUUAGUCAGAUGUUGGCUUGUAAAGCUACUGUUUACAAUUUGAUAUCAUGAGAAACAAGAGGAACGCAGGCUGGUGAUGUGUAUGCGUAAGGCUGUACUCGUUUCAACACUAACCUGCAGGUUGAGACGAGGUCUCAAGGUGCUUAUUUCAAACCCACUUUGGUAGUUCCCAACUAUCGCAGUCCCAGAAAUCGACAAUUGCUCCUGGCACUUGCAAUGCCAUUGCCUCUCCAAUCAGACAUAUUUAUAUAAUUAAUCUUUCCAAUAAUCUUAAUUUGCACGAAAAUAUAUAGUCCACAUUACGUGCCUUGCCUUCGACUAUAGAAAAUAUCACUACACUUGUUUUUGCUGCAUUUAUUACCGUUUUAGGGGAAAAAGUAACAUUUUUAUGAUAAAUAUUUUGUACUCUGGAUGAAAUUGUGACAUUGAUUUUUAGCUUCAUUUACUACUUUAUCUCACAUUUACAGUGCGUAUCAAGGCUAUGUAUAGUUGCCGUUCUAAAGUUUAUAAUCAACCAGCAUAUUUUUUUUCCAGUAUUUUGGUGGUUGUCAUUUUUUUUUAUUCUGUUUUAAUCAUGUGUUGUUUGUUUGUUUGAUUUUUCAUCUUCCAGUCAUUAUUGGGGAGGGCGGGUCCAGAUUUAUAAGAAUUAUGCAAUACCAAGUUUUGCCUAUGUAGGUAGUGCUUUUAGCUAUGUGAAUUAUUAGAAGCUAGUACAGAAAUACAAAUAGUGUAAGCAUUUAUUUUCUUGCUGUUGAUGAUGUUGUUGACGUUGUUAUUUUUCUUUUUUUUUUUUGGUAAUCGACCAAAGUGGGAACUGCUUUCUAUGCAGUGUGCGACAAGGUCUUUAUUUCCCUUGAGUGUACCUAAAGGCAGAGAGGUGCGUGUGAAAGAUGUUUUGUAUUCUCUGUAAGGGGAGGACUUUUUUCUACACUUUGAAGCAUGUCUGCAAAGAAGGCACCAUUUGGUCUAAUAUGGCUGCAAAGUCACUGAUUUGUCUACUGUGACUAACAAACUCCUUCAAACUUCCCACCUGGGGUGCUAGUUUGACCUUCAGAAGAAGACGGCUUUCAUGGGGAGACAGCUUGACUUGAGAGCGACAAUCACCGGUGCACACUAGGACAAAGUGUUAAAUGCUAGCAUCUUUCUAUCAGAUAUUCUCACUACCGUGUUCUCCCUGUCUGGUUAACAAUGUAGCUAUAUGCAAUUCCCAAGUAAAUGCCUUAAAUUUUUACAAACAAGUGACUUGUUAUAAAAUGCGCUACAAUCACUCACGCAAGUUACUGCGUGUUAGAUGUGUCACAAUCAGUAAAUAUCACUGUUUUUUUUUUUUUUUUUCUAUUCUUCCCUUUGAAGUGUUAAAAUUUACAGCCUUAUUGAGGUCAUAGUCCUUAGAAAAAUACCCCCAUGGGGAGAAUCGGUUUUUAUAGCUAUCUCAAGUUAUAAAUAUAUAUAGUUAUUUUCAAUAUUCACUGAAAGGGAAUAAAGUAAUGCUCUUAUGGUCUUGAGGAUCACAAAAAAUGGUUUCGCACCUACAGCAUAUAGGCAAUCAUCCACCCACAGUGUCUUUCAGUGAAACAGGAAAAAAAAAAAAAAAAACUCAGGCGUUUUGCUUAACAGGGCGUUACCAGCAUCAAUUAUUGGAUGGCCUCUUUAGAAUAACACUUCGCAUCCCCCCUCACAUCACCAUGGUUUCGAAUUGCAGCCCUUAAAUCACUAUUCAGUCUGCUUCUGAGACCUCAAGUCAAGCUGAAUCUCCCCUCCGUCACCAAGAUUUUUUAUUUUUUUUUCAUAUAUGUGAUUAAGCUAGAAAAAAGCCACCCCGUUCAAUGUGCACUGUUUUUUUUUUUUUUUUUUGUUUUUUGUUGUUCAUUUGUGAAAAGUAAGUGCUUUGCAGCCUUCUGGCCGUUGGCAGCGCCACUGAAGUGCAUUUUCUCCUGGAGUGUUAGGAGUGUCAGGGUCAUACAGUCAUUCUCAUGUUGGAAGUCGUGAAGGAGGCCAUAGGUAUGGGUCAUCUUGAUGGCCAUUGUAAUAGCAAUAGACUUCAGUAGUAGUCGUUAUGGGUUAAAAUCUGCUCUGGCAGCUUUGUGAACUGUGUGUAGAUGAAUAUGUCAGAGUGUGUGUUUCAAGAUGGCUCUGACACUAUGAGAGAAGAGUACAUGAGGGUCUUUCUAUUGAAAUGCCUGCCUUGUUGACAAAAGUGUGUACACUGUAAAUUUCUCUUUCCCCAGUUGUAAAAAAGAAAAAAAUCUUUUGACAUGUAUUCGUGAAUUUAAGUGAUGUCCAUAUUUUUUAGUGAAACAAAAAACAUACAAAAAAUACUGUUCUGACUUCAAAUUCGUGUUAUGACUUAACAGCUGUCCGAUACAUAAAGAGGUUGAAUAUGUAAUUCUUUAUUUUUAUUUUCCUGUGCUUAUAAAGUGGAGUGAAUUCCUGUAUGGGACUGUAAAUGUUUAAAACAAAAUGAUGAAGGUCUUUUGUUGUAUUUCGUGUUGAGUAACUUGGAUCCUUGAGACAUUUCAUAAAUGUUUGAAGUGUUGUUUUGUUAGUGUGGCCAUAGAGUGUGUGUGAUGUGAUUGUGAUAUUGAAAACAGGACAAGAUGAAUAAUGUUUAAAAUCUGUGUUGCGUAGGGUAUUUUUUAUUUUGUUGUUGUUGUUGUUGUUUUGAUCUGUUGGGGAACUCCUUGUCACUUUAGUAUAAAGGCACCUGAUUUGAGUCUCCCAACAAAAAAAAUACCAGGGUAAUGUGGCUACACAACAUUACAGAUUGUUCUGCUGUCUUGUGCAAAUAAAAGAUGCAUUAUUUCCCCUGUCAAUAGAGGCUGACCCACCAUACCAUGUACAGAGAUUUUUCUGCUGUGCCAACACCGGCACGUAGGCACCUCCAUUCUGUUUACAUAUGUCCGCCGUGGGCCAGCGGUUAACAUGUUUGAAUGAAUUCUGCAUAGUUUUCAGGGCAGGCUCGGUACUCCCAGAAGCCUUUGUGUGGACCCACAGAUGUCUUUUUCAUGUUGCCAUCACAGAGGAAAACAGAUGAGCAUUUGCACUUUCUGCAGUUCCCACUACCCCUUUCACUGGCACAUUGUUUGUUGUUUGGAUUACGUCUAGCUAGUCAUGAGGCGCUGAUUAGCAUAAGUGUUCGUAACUAGUUGGACCUAAUGUUGUCAUAGUAGCUUGGAGCACUUCCCCUCACCACAGUAGCGAUAUACAGUAGUUAUUUUUUUCAAAGGGCUGAUAUUUUAGAACAGUUUUUGUUGCAGAAUUCAGUUAUUAAAAGCAGUAAGGUGAUGGCCUGGUAAAGCUGUAAAAGCCAAGGUCUUGGCUCUUGAGAAGCCACAUGUAAGUAACUUAUGCAAGGAGGACUAGUGGAACUCAUGCAAUGUGUAUUUUCAGCUCUUCUGUGCAUCAGUGCAGGGAAAUGAUAGGAGGACAUUUUGGUCCACAUCUACUCUCAUAUUUCCAUUUCCAGGGCAUUUACAAUAGCAUGAGUGAUCAUUGACUUAACAGGAACAUAAAAACCAGCAUAUGAAAUGUUUACAAAAAAGAAAAAAAAAAGAAAGAAAAAAUCAAGCAGUGCCUGUUUCAGCUCAAAGUCUCAGUGGACUUUCCAUUGUAAUGAUGAAAACAUGGAAUUUUCUUUAGGGAAUAUGAAAAAAAUAAAUAAAAUAAAAUCAAAUAAAAAAGAAUCUAUGGGAUGCCUCUUCCUAUGUUUUAAUCCCCCCAAACUUUUCUGCUUAUUUUAUUUUAUUUUAUUUUAUUUUAUUUUAUUUUAUUUUAUUUUAUUUUGUCCUGGUUCUGUGUUUGUUUCUUGUUUUUGUGCUUUGCUCAAUUUUGGAUAAUAACGAUACCACAAUCUCUGUUUAACAGAGAUCAAGUAAUAGUUUGGCAGUGUUUUUCUCUAGACUACACUUAGUACUAUGACAGAUGACAAAAAUGUCAGGUGGGGAAAAAAAAAAGAUUGCCAGCCCCACUGCCAGUGUUGUUUUAUUUUUUCUUUGCUUUUAAAGGGGGGAGGGGAAGGAGGGGAAGGGGUGGGGGGAUCUUGUGGCACUCUUAUGCCCUUUGCAUAUUCAGUGGUAUUGUGGUAGGUGGGUUUAUAACAUGACAACAACACUAACACCAACAAAUGUUAUAAAGUCAUAACAGUUUUUAGUAGUCAUUGUGAAACACAGCAUUGUAUGCAAAUAUUAAUGUAUGUUCUGAAUGUGCAUUAUAGAAUCACUUUAUCAAGUUUUUGUGCUUUUACUCACAGUUUAAGAAAAACAGGUGUCCUUCAAGAAGCUGUAUAGUGAAGGCCUUGUUUUAUUUUCUUCGGUUGAUUUCAAGCUUUUCCGUUUUCACAGCUAUAAACAGUAGGCACUGCCUUGCCUUUGAGCUGGUUGCAGUUGUUGCAGGGGCUAAAAAUGCCACAAGAUUACAAAUGAGUGUAAAUAACGCUUGACUUUUUUGUGAUUGUUACUGUUAUAUCCAGCCUUAUACUGCUAGCAGCUGUUUUUACUGCAGUCAAUUACUGGAAGUGGAUAUAUUUCCUAUGCAAAACUGUUUAAACAAUAAAAUGAGCUAUGCUACAAAGCAACUGUU